GUUAUCUCCUUCAAUUUGGCAUGUUGGAGUGUACGACCCAUUCGCCGGGGCGCAGCACCAACACUCGUGCGGCUCUUUGAGAACCAAGAAGUGCACCAGGGGUGCCUUGAACAACCUUGGGACAGCAAGAAUUGCCUUGGAGAGAACGAUUGAUAGCGGAGAAGGGGAAUUCACAAGGUGCAAUUUUGGAGGGACUUCCGGACGUCGUUGUGCUGAGGGGAUUGGACCUUGAGGUACCUGAAGCCUGCCUAUCAGAGAUCUCUGAGCAGCUGCCUUUUUUCUUCAGAAUAACCCACUGUUCACAACUGAGCAGCCAGUUGUGCUACAAAGGCAGCCAUGACCAGCGAGACCUCAUCCCCAAUGUCCUCCCGCAGAGGCUCUGCAGACUCCCUGCACAGAGUGACGCCGAUGCCAGGGUCUCUCUGGCCCAAAAUCAGAUCGAACAGCGGGCGGAUGCCUAGCCUCUCAGAGAGCGAGGACGUCAGGGAGACCGUGUUCGAGGAGGCUGAAGAGCAGAGUGGGGAAACUGAAGCGCAGGCCACCAACAGCGCUGCCCCUCAAGGCAACGGGGCCGCGCCGGGGUCGGCGGGCAGCGGCGCGGGCAGCGCGUCCCCCGGGGGCAGGGGGGAGACCCCGGGGGAGUGGGAGGCAUCGCCGCGCGACAUGCGCGAGCUGGAUGCGGCCGCCAUCGCCGAGCGGCUGGGCAACUACAAUCGCACAAGCUCCACCGAGAUGCUGGCGCGGAUGAAGCAGGACGCGGCGGCGGCGCCGUCGCAGCGGGGGGCGAGCCCCUUCGAGGCGGUCCCCCCGCUGUCGGGUGGGGGCCCUGCGUCGGCGCGGCGGCUAGACUCGGCGGCCGACGACGCCACGCCGCGCUCGGGGGGCAUGCAUGCGCGCAAGGCCAGCCAGCUGGGGCUUGGCGAGGUGCUGGACCCGGUGUCGAAGGACGAGGAAGCUGAUGACGUGGCGGUGGCGCGAUUCCUGCGCACCUGCCCCGGCCUUAGUAAGGCCAUCAUCGGCGACCUGCUCGGGCAGAACACCGAGCGCUGCCUGCGUGUGCUCGACGCCUUCACCCACAUGUUCGACUUCUCAGGCAUGAGCUUUGAGGCGGCGAUCCGGGAGUUUCUGGAAUCGUUCCGGCUGCCGGGAGAGGCGCAGAAGAUCAUCCGCAUCCUGGAGCAGUGGAGCCGCCAGUUCUACGCGCAGGAGCCCGGCAUCUUUGCAAGCGCGGAUGCGGUCUACAUUCUGGCCAUCUCCGUCAUCAUGCUCAACACCGACAAGCACAACCCCGCUAUAAAGAAGAAGAUGACACGGGAGGAGUUCAUCCGCAACAAUCGCGGCAUCAACGGCACCAAGGACGCCCCCGCAGACCUGCCCAACGAGUUCCUCACCGAAUUAUACACCCACUUCAGCGAGCGCGCGAUUCGCUUCCCCCAGCUUCCCUCCUCCAUGUCCGACAAGUACUCUAGCCCGCCCUCCAACCACACCAUCGCCAAGGCUCACAAGGCUGCCAAGGAGAACAGCAGAUGGAACCCGCUGAGGUGGAUCUGCUGCCAAUGA